AUGCAGAGAUGGAAUAAUACGGAGGUGCCUUACUUCAUCCUAAUGGGAUUGACAGAUGCUGAAGACAUCCAGCUGGUGCUCUUUGUGCUGUUUCUCCUGAUAUACCUGGUCACCGUCUUGGGGAAUGCAGGGAUGAUACUGAUCAUCCACUUGGAUGCUCUAUUUCACACACCCAUGUAUUUUUUCCUCAGUCACCUGUCGUUUCUUGACAUCAGUUACUCAACUGUGAUCACUCCAAAAACCUUAGAGAAUUUACUGACCUCCAGCAAGCAGAUUUCCUACGUGAAUUGCUUUACCCAAAUGUGCCUUUUUGUCUUCUUUGGUGCUUCUGAAUGUUUUUUUCUCUCCUCCAUGGCCUAUGAUCGCUAUGUAGCCAUCUGCAAACUUCUCCACUACCCUUUUGCUAUGUCCUCAAGACGCUGCUGGUCCCUCGUACUUGGGUCCUAUUUGGUAGGUUUUACAGAUUCUUUAGUCAUUAAGCUUUGCAUGAGGAAAUUACAUUUCUGUGACUCCAAUGUAAUUCAUCAUUUUUUCUGUGAUUCAUCUCCAGUUAUCGCCCUGUCUUGCACUGAAACCUACAACACUGAACUGAUGAUAUUCAUUUUUGCUGGCUCCACACUCAUGGUGUCUCUAAUUACACUAUCAGUGUCCUAUGUGUCCAUUCUCUCCACUAUCUUGAAAAUUAAUUCUGCUUCAGGAAAGAGAAAAGCCUUCUCCACCUGUGCCUCUCAUCUGCUGGCUGUCACCAUCUUUUAUAGCACCAUGAUCUUCAGUUACUUAAGACCAAGUACAUCCUACUCCUUGGGAAAGGAUCAGGUGGCUUCUGUGUUUUAUACUAUUGUGAUUCCCCAUGCUGAAUCCUCUUAUUUACAGCCUUCGCAACAAAGAAGUGAAAACUGCUGCCCUUAG